CAUUGUUUGUUUUAAUGGAUUAUUAUAAUAAUGAUGGACAUGGAUGAUGGACAUGGCAUAAAAGAAAGUUAUUACUGACAGAAUUGUGCAUUAUCAAAAAUGACUAGGGUUCUUUUGAUAAUAUUUAAAAUACUUUCAUUUUCUACUCUCCUGAGAGUUUUUUUUUUUGCAUUAUCAGAAGCAUUUUUGGUAAUUUAAUUAUUUAAAUUUAAAGUUCAAGAGAGUGAGCAAUUUUUGCUCGUGUUUGUUUCUCUGAUUAGUUUAUUCACAGCAAGUAUAAUGCUAUACCUUGCAAUAAUAGUUUGAAGACAAGUUCUUGUUUUCACGCAAUGUUGCAUUUAUAGUUGCUGUGGAUUCAUUGUAUUAGUUGAGAAUGAGUUAAAUGAGUUAUUGUUACACAAGAUUAAUAUAAAUGAAGACAACUUGGUAUUCUGUUCAUAUAGAUUAUGGCUGAUGUCACUGAUGUCAUAAAUACUAAUGGAAUAUUUUCACAAUGUUUAAGCAAACAAACACAUUCAAUAGAAGUUGAGAAUGUUUUAGAAGGAAAUGAUGAAACUUUAAAAAAAUGUGAAGUUCCUAAUAUUGUUGAGGCUAAAAGUGACAGUGAUUUUUCUAUACCAAAAGAAGAAGCCGAUAACAUAAGUAAUUCCACAAAUUUGUCAGCAAAACAACAAAAUGAAUUUGUUAAAACAGAGACUAUCGAAGAAAAAAUAUCAACACCUAUUGAAACAUCUAUAGAAGAGCCUAUUACAUCAACCAAUAUUGAAGAGCAUGAACAUUUACCUAAUAUAGAAGAGCCUAUUGCAUCAGCCAAUAUUGAAGAACAUAAACAAUCACCUAACAUAGAAGAGACUAUUUCAUCAGCCAGUAUUGAAGAUGAUAAACAGUCACUUAAUAUAGAAGACCCUAUUACAUCAAACAAUAUUGAAGAACAAAAACAAUCACCUAAUAUAGAAGAGCAUGACAGUUUAGUUACUAUAGAAAAUAAUAAUAAUCCAAUUGCUAUAGAAGAACAUGAGCCUGCAUUUAUUGAACAUGAUGUUAAACUAGCAACUGUUGAAGAACAUGUUAAACCAGUCAUGCAGCUUCGUAACAUGCUUGAAGAUAUAGAAGAAGGGGAGUUGGAUUAUGAAGAAGAAGAGGAAAAUCAGGAAGAUCAAGUUGUAAAUGAUGAUGUAGAGGAUCUUCCUGAUCUUCCAGAGUAUGAUCCUAUUGCUCGAAAGCCUGAUAAACCUUCUGAAGAUGGUGAAAUUGUUUCAGAUCAUGAUGGAGAUGAAAGAGAAGAUGGUGAGAUACGAGAUGAUGAUGAGACUGGCCAAGUUUAUGUUUGUGUUGAUCCUUUGCAUGAUAAAUGGAAAAAGGUUUCAAAGACUGACCAAGAGCUUGAGGAUGGUCAAAUUGAAGAUACAGAAGAAACACCUCCUAGCAAAACUUUAACAUUGAAUAAUCAAACACGUUUCAUUCCAAAGACCCUUUGCAAGUACUAUAAUAACGGGCUAUGUCGAUGGGGAUCUACUUGUAGGUUUUUACACCCCGGAGUCAAUGAUAAAGGUAUACCUUUUGAUGUUCAACCAACAUGGAAUGCUACAGCUGGAAACUAUGUUAUGCAUCGUCCUCCUGGAAUGUAUCCUAAUGCAUAUGGAAAGGCCCCACCACCAAUGCAGUGUAUUAGCAUGCCUGUUCUUCCAUCACCUAAUAAUGCUGAUGUUAUUUCUUUGGCUUUUGAUAGGCAGGAAAUGUUUUCAGAAAAUGUUUCAGUGAUAGAUGAAUUAUUGCCAAUUAAGGAAGAGACGGCAUGGGAAAGAGGUUUACGACGGGCAAAAGAGGUGAAAGAAGCUGCUGCUAGAAGAAGAGAAGAAGAUAAGGAUUUUGAAAAAAAAAGGUUAAGUUUAAAAAUUCCUGAAAAUAUUGUUAAAGAUGACGAAGCUGAGGAGAAUCACAUUGAUAUGAGUUAUUGCUUACCAAAACAAGAUUAUUAUGAUCGCAAUGACAGAGACGAUAGAAAACCUGAUAGAUAUUCUGAUCGAUAUGCAAGAGUAAAAGAUGAUUUAUACAUGAGUGAUAGAAUUAGCAGAACACACACUAAUGACUUACCAAGUUCAUAUCCAAUAAGGCGAGAAGAGCGUCAACGACAGCGUGAACGAGAAGCUAGAGAUAAAAGAGAUCGUGAAGAAAAAGAGCUACAUGAUAGGUCUGGGAAAGAUUUUGAUACCAUUUACCAGCCUGAGAUAUAUUCCAAACAACAUGAAGAAAAACAAUUAAUUGUUGAUCCUCGUAUUAAAUUGACCCGCGACUCUCCUGCUCCGAAAAUUUCUUCAAAAAUAAAUGCUGUAGAGUGGCAUGAUCCAUGGAUGCGUGCACAGCACGUUCCUGUUGCACAGAGGAAUGAUACACCUAAGCAAGCAGGAUUAGAAGAAAUUUCUGAUUCUGACUCUUCUAGUUCUGAUUCUGACUCAGACUCUGGGUCAUCUGGAAGUGAUUCUAGCUCAUCGUCAUCAUCAGAGAAUGAAGGAAAAAAAAGUGUUUUACCUGUUCGAAAUGAUGAUGCUAGGCAUAAAGAAUUGGAACAUAAACCAAGAACCGAUAGGUUGAAGGUUAUACCACCACCAGCACCACCUAGCCAAGACAAAAAUGAACCCCUUAGUUAUGAAGAAUGGAAACAUUUACAAAACAAGCAAAAAGCUCAAUAUUAUCAACAAAUGGCCAACCAAAAUCAGCAAACAAAUAAAAUGCAAGAAAUUCAAUCUGAUGAUAAAAAAGUUAAAGACAUAAAAUCUUCAAGACAAAAAGAUUUGCAACGAUCUGAUAUUCGAAAAAGUAAGCCAGAGGAAGUCAAACAACCAUUAAGACCUUCUGAAAAUUUGCCAAGGUUGCUCGAAAAGAGACAGGUUCCUAUAGUUCCAAGUAAACCAGUUGAACGGGAAAUACUAGCUUCUUCCAUCAGUGUUCCAAAAAAUGAUGACAAGUUUGAUUCACCAAAGCGAAAACCAGCUUCAGAUAGUGAUUCUGAUAGUGAUUCUGAUUCUGAUACAGAUUCAGGAUCAGAUAGUAGUGACUCUGAUUCUGAUGAUAGUGAUACCGAUAGUGAAACACAUUUCCCAGCAGCAGCAUCUAUUGCACCUGCUGCAACCAAGCAACCAUUUAAUAAAAUACAAACAAAUGUAAAACCUCCAGAAAAAGUUUCUGCACAAAUUCCAAUAACAGUUGGGGCAGGCACUAAACGCCCUGUUAGAAAAGAUGAACUUUUAAAAGAACUUAAAGCCGUAGAAGAUGCUAUUGCUCGAAAACGCGCAAAAAUUGACUGAAAAAACCAUUUUGUUUUGAUUAGUGUAGCAGAUUCAUAAAAAAGCAGUCAUUGAGAGUUUUUUAAUUUAAGAAAUUUUUUUUAUUUUACUUAUGUAUAUAUAUAAAGCAAAAAAAUAUCAAGAUAUAG